AUGUCCAACCAAAUCGGCCCCUCCCGCCCUCCACGCUCACACUUCCGCAACAACGACUCCCGCACCGACAAUGGCUACCAUACCGGCGACUCCCAGCCCGUCCGCCGCAACGCCCACCAAAUCACCACCGACAUCUGCCGCCGCGCAACUCCCCCUUGCCCGCUGGAACACUUCAUCCAGCGCGAACACACGCAUGAGGACCUGCACGCCGCUUUCCUGUACGCUGCCCAAUUUACAGCCUCGCGAACUCCAGGGGGACCGCAGCAUCCGAUGGCGGUGAGGGCGAGGCGGUCGGGUUGUUCGGAAUUGGUGAGGGGGCUAGGGAGUGCGAACGCGCCGGAGGUGUGGAGCAUGUUGCCGAGGAUCGUGUUAGUGUUUUUGCUGGUGGAGGCGCAGAAGGUUGCUUAUGCGGUGGCGGCGGAGGCGGAGGAGGACGAAGAGGACGAGGAGUAUGAGUGGGUUGAGCGGCGGCGGCGGUAG